GUGACAAAUAAAUGCAUUGAAAAAAUUCAUCUCCUAAACAGGCAUUAAGAAGUGAAGAGAACGAGAAAAGUUGUUUUUAAAUCGGGGUUAGGUGGAUCAUGCACCCAGCAGCCGCACGAGCUAAUCGAUCGUCCGUACAAUCUUCGAUUCCGCCUACGUCAACCCCGUCAUCCCUCCUCCAUCCACAACAGCAACAACAAAUUCUUUACGGCCCUAUCGCCAAUCCGACGUUAACUCUCCAACCAUGUGGGAGUGGUUUGCAUCCUUCGUGUGUUUAUCAAGGAGCUCAACGUAAUGCUGCACUGACUACUCCGGCUCCUUUGCACAUACAAGGCAAAAGCAGCAGAUGGCCAGUAAAGAGUAAACUCGUACGAAAUCAACAAUAUUGCCAACAACAGCAACAGCAACAACAGCAGCAGCAACACAUUCAACAGCAAUUGUCUUACAACCCAAAGCCUUUGGUUCUGUAUGAUCAAAUGACAAAUAAUGUUCCACCGACCGCGCCGACCGCUUCGUUUUUAAUCGCUUCUUCAACGUACACGCACGGCUCCUUUUCCGGUGAUCAGUAUAACAAUUCUGGAAUCACACUGAUACCGCAGCCCUACUUUAAGCCCCUGGACGUGCAGACCUACUGUUUGAUUCAAGAUCGGCAAAAUAUUCAACAACAGCAACAGGAACAACCGUCACACGGUUCCUACUACAAUAUCUCAGCCACGAACACCUGUAACUUGCAAGCAGUUAAUGGCAAUUCGGCGUUCCAAUUUCCCAAUCUCAGUCCAUAUGCUACAGCCAAUUUUACGAACAAUCAAAUCACGAGUCCUGUUCAAACAGUGUACUCCAAUCAGAUGUUCCCUAAUCCCCCGGCGAGUUUAGUUUUCGGUAAUCUGCAAAGAGAUAAGCCAGUUACUUCUUCUGGCACACUCGACAUCGCGGACCUUCAAGUCGCUAAAAGCAAAACACCUGCUGUCAAUAAUACACAGAUCGUGCCAAUUACUACGGAAAGUUACAACGAAUGGCCGUCUCAAACAAUCACCUCUUCUUUCGACAACUUGUUCGAGGUGAGGCCGAGUACGGACGAUGACACGAAUCAAGAGGCGGUUACAAAUACGUUGGAAAAGGUUACACAGGACGUGCCUGCGAAAACCCGGGAAGAGCAUUACUCCGAUGAAUCCUCGGCCAGCUUCGAUUUCACGAUUGAAGCUGAGAAGAUGGUCUCUGCGCUUUGUAACACAUCGUCGAAUGACAACGGCAAAGAGGGGAUGAAGAAAGAGAAAUCUAAUUCAACGCCGUUGUUCAGCGGUGCUGGUGACACUGUCUUGAAUAAAAACACAUGGUUCACCGAGUUUUGCGCGAAUUAUGGUACUGGUACCUCGAUAGCUGUUCAAACGGACGGGCCAUAUGUAGACAGGGCACAGUACCCGGAACUGUUGCGAAAAGUCGUUUACUGGGGAUGCACAGAGGCCGAGAUCGUUUUAGACAACAGCUCGAAAACAAAUUCAAAAUCCAAUUGGCUGAAAAACCUUUCCUCUGCGACUAAAACAGCGGUGACCAAGUCCUCGACCUGUUUCCCUAUAUUCGCCGGGGAUCGUACCUUCAUCGGCGACUUGAUAAACGCUCUGUUACGUAUCAGCAACGGCUGGCUGAUUCUUGAUAAUUAUUUAAACAAACAACAUUAUCCGAACUUAGACGACAAAUUCGACUGUGAGUUGAUCAGGUGCUUCCGGCUGUGGGAGGAAAGCACGCAUGAACUACUGAACCAAAUCGUUCAGACUUUCUUGAAGCUCGAGGAGAACACCAGCGACGCUUCCAACUUCGAGCAGAGACCAGAAUCAUUCGGAACCUCUUUUCCAGGUGAUGUUUCAGUAUACGUGAAUUGCGACUUGUUCGAUCCGUCGUCGACUUUGAAUAAAAAGAACGGACAGUGCCCCACUUGUAGCGUCGCGCAAUCAUCAGUCGGGAGCCUGCGGCACUUUGGUUUGUACAACGUCAGUCAGGAGAAACAGCCGUCCCAGAAAGAAUCGAAGUUGCGAAGUAAGUGGACUGUUAGCGAGAAUCUAACGACAAUAGAUAGCACGAAAUCCGUGCCUGAUAUGUUCAUAGGGCACGCAGAUUCCGAAGGGCAAGGGAACAGUAGAUUUCGUUCAAAAGUGAGUUCCUCUUCCGCCAAAACCGACACGUCCACGCAAUCGCUGAACGCUGAAUUUUUUCACUUGAGGAGCAAAGUUCUCACGGGAAAUAGCCAAGACCCUUCCAGGAGAUGGUCGUUUAAGGAUAAGAAGCAAGAAUUCCCUAAAGGGAGCAAAGUUUCGUCUCACGGAAACGUCGACUCUAUGUUUAAAGUGCAACGCCAGAUGGAUGAAAAUUACGAAAGGAAUUACGCUCAGAAGUGUUUGUCGAGGGUAGAAUCGUCCUUGCUGAAUCCUUCGAUUAGCCUGAAAUCCGCGUACUUUCCUUCCAGCAACGAGCACGACAGUUUUUAUCCCAGCUACGCCAUUUGUCCCUCGUACACGGUCGAUUACGACAACAAAGGUUUGAAGAGCUUCGGGCAAAAUUAUGGGAAGAAAACGAAGAUGGAUCUAGUUUACGUCGGCAAAUCGUCGACUAGUCAACUAGACUUGGCGGCCGUGCCAAAAGACAAAAUGACGCUGCUUAGUCAGAUCGAGCCGAGCAUUCCGGAAAAGUCGUCCGAAGGGAUGACGGCCAAUUUGUCGGCCUGGUUUGCCAGUAUGAGAAACUCUGACAACCGGCAGAUGCCGUUUAUGAAUUUAACAGAGGCCAAUACAGUACCGUCGUCGCGGCCAGAAAUGUCGAAGAACACGAUGGAUCUUAGCAAUUGUAUCAGGCAGCUGCAGAUUGACGCGAAUCGUCAAUUCCAAACGUUACAAAAUAUGCAGACUAUUCAGACCACGCCUUGGAACACUUAUAAUCUGAUCAAUAAUCGCGUUCAAAUGCAACAAGUUCCCGAAGAAUACGACAGUUCCGAGGACAUUCGAGUGUAUAUGAAACCAGGAAGUUACAACGUUCCGAAGAAAAGGCAUCAAAGGAGAUCCAAUCGUCGUUUGGACAACUCGAUGUCCCGAAACCUGGUAAAUGUCUCUUCCACCAACCAUCGCAAUCAUUAUGCUAAUAAAGAAAAAAUAUUUUGCGCUCUCGCAUCGUCAACGCCAGUGCCACGGCCCACUGCUACGUCCAUUUCAACCAGUAUUAAUACUUCCACAAAUACAUCGAUGAAAUUGCCACUUUCAACGACUCUGCUCGUUUCACCGCCCACCUUCUCCCUUGAAAAUUCGCCUAGGAUUUUGAAACGACCCCAUGCAUCUAAUUACACGAUGUCUGAGGACAUUACUUGGAAAGCGGCUUGUGCUUCGGCUGAAAUGUUGCUAGAGGCACUAAACGUAAAGAAGAACAGCUGUUCGACGAAAAAUGAAGUUGACCGCGUUCGUACAGUCGAGAAGCGUGAAAACAUUCAGAAGAACGAUACCGACGACACAGCUCAGUCUCAGAUAGCGCAGAAACAAGAGAAAUUUGAGGAAGAAUUCGUGAAAGCUUUGAAAGACGAUAACGAUGGAUGUGGCGGUGUUUCGAGUUACGAGGCGUCCGAAGAUGACUCAGAAUCUACUUGUCAUUUUUCUUCCAACAUAAAUGUCAACGAAGUUUCCCAGUCGUCUGAGAAUAAAAAUGGUUCUAGUAAAGUGAACAUAAAAACGGACACGUGGUUAAUCAAAACUUUGAACAACGCUAAUAUGGCAAAUAAGCAGAAGCAACGAAAAAGCAAUACCAAUCCAAAUAGUUCAAAAUCGUCAAACAGUUCGGUAACGGAAAACGAGGAAACGACUCCGGUUGUUUCGUCAGUGAGCAACAACAGUGGCGUAACAACAGUCGCGACGACUACCACGGUAAAGAACCUUCAAGAAACUGUUUACUCGAAAAAAAGUUCGUGUAUUUCUUUGAACAAUGAAACAACGUCAGAGGAAAUGGAACGUGUCGUAGGGAAGGCCACCUAUUCAGAAACCGUACGACGCUGCGCAUCUUUAAGCACAUCUUUCUCGGAGAAAAAGGAGUUCUGUAAGAAGAGCAAAUUGAAUAUAGCCAAUGUUUCGACGAUUUGCAGCACUGUUAUACCGAUUCCUGGACGCAAAUGCCAGAGGAAGGACUUCGAAAAGUCGUAUUAUCUCUUGCAUAAUAGAUCCCGCAAGUGUUCUGGAAAAAGAUCUACGAAAAGUUGCGAAAUCAGCGAUUCUCAAGCGGAAGGAACGUCAAAAUCUGCAAUAAAACACACGAAGGAGAAAGAAAACGCUGAAUAUAUUGAAUUCUUCGACGGAAAAUUUGAUGGAAAGUGCAACGACAGAGGUUGGUCCGUAUGGUACAGUUCGAAAAGGAAACAAAGUCUCAGUCCACUUGCGUUUAGUAAAUUGGAAAUGAUACAUCAAACAGUCUGGCAAAUGGAGGAAGCAGAGGUUUUCAAAUGUCCAUCUUCAGAAAAUAGUGCUAGUACUCGAUCUUCUACUUACACGAUUGAAGAUUAUUGUAAAGUCAUUAAAAGUCCAAUGUUCCUGGAAACCGUUGAAUAUAAACUAAAAAACCGAGUUUAUCAUAAAGUAGAACACGUGGUUAGAGACUUCCGUCGUAUUGUUCAUAAUUCAAAAUUAUAUCAUAAGGGUGAUCAUGAUCGAGUGAAAACGAUUGAAACGCUAUCGAAGAAACUCGAAAAACUAUUCAAAGAACAUUUUGCGAGUUGGGACUUCGAUAAUAUUAGUGGUAGUCCAAGGGAAAAUUCGCCGGUGCUGCAUCGAUUUAAAAUGGCUGGACAGAAGCCGAUAACAGGACGUUAUAGCAACACAAAGAAAAGUUCAUCCUCUUCGAUCGUUGAAAAUAUAUGA